GUUAAAUCAAUUUACUCUGAGUUUAUCUAUUGAAAGAUGUAUAACUCGUUGAAACAUAAUCAAUUCGAUAAAAAUAUGAUAGAAGGUUCACAAAUUAUGGACAAUCUGUCGGUCGACCGGCAUGGAACAGAAGAGGAGUUCCAGAACUUUAUGCAGCGUGUCAAUGAAGUUGAAAAAAUUGUGAAGAAACUGGCAUCUUCUGAUCCCGAGGAACAAAUACAUGGGCAAGUAUUGGCGGAUGAAAUAUUAGAAAGCCGACCGGAACAAACUAUUUGCGAAAACACUGAGUUAAAAAUAAAAACUGAUCGUACGGUGAUUAAUAAAUGUUUGGUCGACGAAAAUCCGGAACGAACGUCUCAAGAGGUGUUUAUGAAAAACGUAGAAAAAGAUGCAAAGCAAAGAUCGGAGGAUCGGAAGAUUCGAAACGAGCGAGCAGAAACGUUGAAAACAAUUGGUAACGGGGCGUUCAAAGAGGGAAAUUACGAGAAAGCGGUAACAUAUUACAGCAAAGCGAUCGAGCAACGCAAAGAUUCGGCCGUGUUAUGGAAUAACAGGGCUUUAUCGUACAUUCAGCUUGGAUUAUUUGAGAGAGCCUUGGCCGAUUGUGAGUGGGCAUUGAAAGUGAAUAAUACAAAUUUAAAAGCCCUCCUGAACAGUGCUAAAUGUUACAAGCAACUCGGAGAAGAGACGAAAUAUAAAGAGUACAUUCGAUUAGCGAAGGAAAGAAAUCCACAUUUCAAUAAAUUUAUUAACGGUACGAUAGAUUUACAUCGCAAACGUUUCUGUUACAAUUGA